AUGAGUGGUCAAAGAAAUGAACAGCAACGGGAAAAGAAGGGAAUUGGUCUAAGGACCAUUAUACAGAUCAAUUGGCCUGCCAGCAAAUGCAAAAAGUUACCGCGAAACGUUAUCUUGUGUGACACACCUGGCUUUGGAGAGAAUGAUGAAGACAUGGAGCUUGUCACCCAGACGUGCAAAAAAGCAGACAUAAUUGUAGCCGUAAUGGAUUCCAUGUCACCGUCAAGAGGGAGAGUGACUAAAAUGCACAUAUUUCCUUUUGUUCACAGAUUCUAUUGUUUCAAUCAGGUUGAUGGCAAUGUGACCAAAUAUUAAAACUCCGCUCCAUGGAAACUGCUAAUUACUGACACCCUCUUUCCCAGCGUAGGCAAUGCUUAUCCGGGAAAUGUCUGUCAGAACUGUCUCGAUUAUGAUCGAAUCAUAGACAGUAAAGCCUUUUCCACGUUAAAACUAGGAAUACUUUCUACGACGUAAAAUAUUAUCACCGGGAAAAGUAAGAACAUAGUCUAACGAGUCGAUUUUUAUGUUAGUCACCGGUUGUUCUUGCCGCCGGCGUAGGCUUUAAAUGUGGACUUCUGUCCGCUAAGCCUAAAAAUAGAUUUCACUUCCUUCCUUUUCCAUCGCUUUGUUUCAUCUUUAGUCCUCCCCGCCAUGCCGCAAAAUUAAAGCUUCAAUAUAAUGUAAGUUCGUGUUUCAUUGAUAAGUCAAAAAAGAAUAACUUUAUAAACUUGAAAUACUUGCAGAUAAUAUAUGAUAAUGAGAUGGCACCUAGCUCUAUAAUCUUAGAACGCAAUAAACAGCACUCUUUGGCGAGGUGGGUUCUGUGGUCCAUGAGAAACUUCGUCUCCCCUUUUUUAAGCAACGUUAUAUUGGUACAUAUGGAAACACGCCACACUGGUAUUUAGAAACAACCUGACAUGCCCUCAAAUACCAAACAAGACAGUAGUGAUCCUCUUUAGGAAAAUGUUGUCUGUGGCCCUAUUAAUAUUGAUGUUCCCGCAGCUCAUUAACCUGGUGAAAAAUGUUGGCUGCCAAUUUACUUUUGGAGUCUUCACCAAAUGGGACGAAUGCAUAAGAAAAGCGAGGGAAGAAGGACAACAGAGCAUCCGAAAUGUGGUAAAAACGGCCAAUGAUUACAUGAAGGAGUUCUGUGAAGUGCUUCAAGGGAGAGGCAAAGCUUACUUUGUGAACGUCAAAAACUUUGAAAAUCAUGAUGUAAGUACUAAGUCCAUGCAUGCUGUUUCUUGCUUAACUUUCAAAUUUAAGUGUAAUGCAGUCACUUCGGCUAGAAAGUUCGAACAUGGAGAGGCAAGACACACCUAUCAAAACUUCGAAACAUUCUUACCUCUGUUGACAUUCUUUUUUUUUAUUCUUUUCUGAAUUUUCCUUAAUGGCACCACAAGUUGGUAACAAAAUAGCCACGAACAGAAAACGAAAUACAAGUAAGAACGCGUACGUUCUCCAGUGCCAGAGAUAAGCAAGGAUGGUAAGCUGUUAUCAUUCUUCAAUGAAAUUCUAAAAAGGAAGGCGUAUUCCUUUCUUCCUCUUAUUUUCAGGAUACAUUUCUUCAGUUCGAAAACAAACUGGCCACGAGUGCAACAAAGUUGAAGAUAGAGUCAUUAACACAGAAGGCAAAAUCUGUAACUUUGCAUUCCAGGAAGGUCUGCGAAAAGCUGGAAACUGUCAUUGAAACCAGAAAGAGAGAAAAGCUAACUUGUCUGGAAACAGAGUUAGCUUUGAUGGUAGAAGACGGCGGGAAGCUACAGGAAGCUUUUGAUGGCAUCAAGAUUAAAGAUGAAGACCAAGACAUUUAA